ACCCUAAUACCUUGUCAAACACACACACACACACACACACACACACACACAGAUGGAAGAAGAAAAGAGACGCGGAGUGGUGCUAGUCCCAUGUCCAUUUCAAGGACACAUAAACCCUAUGCUUCAACUAGGCACUACCCUUCACUCCAUGGGCUUCUCAAUCACAGUUGCGCACACUCAAUUCAACUAUCCUGAUCCUUCGAAACACCCCGAUUUCAUCUUCAUACCCAUUCAAGAUGCCUUAACCGAUACCAAUACGUUGUCCGGCAAUCUCAUACCUUUUAUUAAAACUCUUAACAUCAACUGUGAAGUGCCCUUACAAGAAUGCUUGGCUCAAAUGAUGGACCAGAACCAGGACCAGCAUGGUAAGGUGGUCUGCAUAAUCUACGACACCCUCAUGUACUUUUCGGAAGCUGUGGCUAAUCACCUCAAACUUCCGAGCAUCGUCCUGCGUACCAGUGAUGCUUACUCCAGCCUCGCUUACCGUUCAGUUCUCCGGCUCCAAGCUGAAGGCCGUUCAGUUCCGAGCAUCAUCCAAGCAAUACCACCAUGUAUUGCAGAUUCUGUGUUGCAGGAUCUAGUGCCUGGCCUUCAUCCCCUCAGGUUCAAGGAUCUACCACUUUCCAAUUUCGGACCUUUGGAAAACUUGCUACAGUUAGUUACAAUAAUAAGCAAUAUUAGAACAUCUUCAGCCAUCAUUUGGAACACUAUGGACUACCUUGAGUGUCCCUCACUGACACAGCUCCAGCAACAGUACAAAGUUCCAUUGUUCUCAGUUGGCCCUUUGCAUAAAAUUUCUCCAGCCUCCUCUAGUAGCUUGCUAGAGGAGGACGCUAAUUGCAUUUCUUGGCUUGACAAGCAGGCUCUUAACUCAGUUAUCUAUGUAAGCUUGGGGAGCUUAGCUUCCUUGGAUGAGGCAGCUCUAACCGAGAUGGCUUGGGGGCUAGCCAACAGCAAUCAACCAUUCUUGUGGGUUGUUCGACCUGGUUCAAUUCGCGGUUCGGAAUGGAUAGAGCUGUUGCCGGAAACUUUCAAAGCAAAAUUUGGAGACACAGGUUAUAUUGUGAAAUGGGCACCCCAAGGAAAGGUGUUGGCACAUGGUGCGGUGGGAGGGUUUUGGAGCCACUGUGGUUGGAAUUCAACCUUGGAAAGUAUCUGUGAAGGGGUUCCAAUGAUUUGCUGGCCAUGUUUCGGGGACCAGAAAGUGAAUGCAAGGUAUCUGAGUUGUGAAUGGAGGAUAGGGCUAGAGUUGGAGCAUAUGGAGAGAGGGAAUAUAGAGAGAGCUGUAAGAAGACUAAUGGUGGACAAAGAAGGAGAGGAAAUGAGGCAGAGAGCGAUGGAUUUAAAGGAGAAGGCUGAGGUUUGUAUCAGGAAAGGUGGUUCUUCCUACAAUUCCUUGAAUGACUUGAAAGAAAUCAUCCUGUCAUUCUAAUUGCUAGUGAAAUAGAAGGGCCUCGUUUAGCAGCAUUCAUUGUCUAAUGCCAUGUUGCAACUCAAACAUUUAAAUUGUUUUCUGCUUUAUCCAUGGAAUCUGUUGUAACC